CCCCUGUCGACUCAUCCUGAAAAUCCACCGCUCAAGAUGCCCAAAGCAGCAACAGAGUCGAAGACGAAGGCGGCGACCGCGAAGGCGAACUCCAAGCCUAUCUCCGACGGAACGACCGAGAACGUCGUUCGGGAGCCUUCCAUCUACAACCAGUAUAUGAAGGCGAACCUCGGACCCUACAAAGAGCGCAAUCCUGGAGUACCCCACAAGGAAGCCUUCACGGCCGUUGCUGUAAUGUGGCGCGACGCCCCUGAGAACCCCAACCGCGGCAAGGAACCGAAACCGAAGAAGACGAAGGCUGAGGGCGACAACACCGUCAAGGUUAAAGCGAAGCCUAAGUCCGACGAGAAGACCAAGAAGACGAAGCCAAAGGCCGACGACAAGACGAAGUCCGUGAGCGGCGAGAAGGCGAAGACGAAGCCCAAGGACGAAGACAAGCCCAAGUCGAAGCCGAAGUCGAAGUCGAAGUCGAAGUCGAAGCCAAAGUCUGCUGAGUUCAUCGACGACGACGCGGAGAACGUCAACAUGUCUUCUGACCCUGUCGAUCCUGUCGAGCCCAGCAGCGACGUCUAGGCCCUCGUCCUGACUUUCGCAAGCUCUGUGACCUUCUCUGCUUCUCGCUAUUGCCCUGCUCUGUCUCUGUUGCUCCGCUGCUUGACUCUGUUCUCGUGCUCCGCUGCUCUUCUGCGCUCGUAUGAUUUGUGCUCUAUCGGACGGAAUAACGGAUUAAGUUCAUGCUCAUUUGGCACCUUUCCCUUCCGCGCCUUUCGUCACCGAUUGCGAUUAGGCUUUCAGAUUACAAUAAGAUUUACUGCAUAUAUGCG